AAAAACGGCUGAAUCCUGCCUCGUGUGCUGGUGUCUGUGCUCAGCAACACACGCACACACGCACCGCUCACUCCUGGCGCCCUCUCUCCUAGGCCACGGAGGUGACGGACAGUGCAUACAUGGGCUCCGAGAGCACCUACAGCGAGUGCGAGACCUUCACAGACGAGGACACGAGCACCCUGGUGCACCCCGAGCUGCAGCACGAGGCCGACGCCGACAGCGCCGGCGGUUCUGCCGUGCCCUCCGAGUGCCUGGACGCCAUGGAGGAGGCUGACCCUGGCGCCCUGCUGCUGCUGCCCGGCAGACCCCACCCCCACGGCCCACCUGUCGUCACAGUGAUCGGCGGUGAGGAGCACUUCGAAGAUUACGGCGAGGGCGGGCUGUCCCCGGAGGCGCCCUGCAGUGGGGAGGAAGGCUGUGGCGGCCCUGCCCUGCUCAUCCCCAGCUCCGACCUGCUUGCCGCUAAGCUGCACAGCAUCUUCACUGAUGAGGCGUUUGAGUUUUACUGUAGCCAGUGCCACAAACAAAUCAACCGCCUCGAGGACCUCUCAGCCCGCCUGAGUGAUCUUGAGAUGAAUAGCCCGACAAAGCGGCUUUCCAGCAAGAAGGUUGCAAGGCACCUGCACCAGUCUGGGGCCCUGACCAUGGAGGCUCUGGAGGACCUGCCCCCCGAGCCCAUGGAGGGCACUGAGGAGGCCAUUGCUGACAAGGUUGUCUUCCUGGAGAAGCGGGUGUCUGAGCUAGAGAAGGACAGCCUGGCCAACGGGGAGCAGCACAGCCGCCUGCGGCAGGAGAACCUGCAGCUCGUACACAGAGCCAAUGCCCUGGAGGAGCAGCUGAAGGAGCAGGAGCUGCGGACCUGCGAGCUGGUCCUGGAGGAGGCCCGGAAGCAGAGGGAGCUGCUCUGCAGGAUGGAGCGGGAGAAGAGCAUCGAGAUUGAGAACCUGCAGGCCAGGCUGCAACAGCUGGACGAGGAGAAUGGUGAGCUUCGGUCCUGCACGCCCUGCCUGAAGGCCAGCAUCGAGCGCUUGGAGGAGGAGAAGCGGAAACUGCUGGAUGAGAUCGAGGACCUGACACUGAGGCUCAGUGAGGAGCAGGAGGACCGGCGCAGGGUGGGCGACCGGCUGAGCCACGAGCGGCACCAGUUCCAGAGGGACAAGGAGUCCACCCAGGAGCUAAUCGAGGAUCUCCGGAAGCAGCUGGAGCACCUGCAGCUGUUGAAGCUGGAGGCGGAGCAGCGGCGGGGCCGGAGCAGCAGUGCGGGCCUCCAGGAGUACAACAGUCGUACCCGAGAGAGCGAGCUGGAGCAGGAGGUCCGCAGGCUGAAGCAGGACAACCGGAGCCUCAAGGAGCAGAACGACGAGCUCAACGGGCAAAUCAUCAACCUGAGCAUCCAGGGCGCCAAGAACCUCUUCUCCACGUCCUUCUCUGAGUCCCUGGCUGCGGAGAUCAGCUCAGUCUCCCGCGAUGAGCUCAUGGAGGCCAUCCAGAAGCAGGAAGAGAUCAACUUCCGCCUGCAGGACUACAUCGACCGCAUCAUCGUGGCCAUCAUGGAGACCAACCCGUCCAUCUUGGAGGUGAAGUAG